CACUCCAAUAACAAAUAAUUUCAUAUCCUAAACGUUUCUCACAUGUCAACCAUAAUUUAUACGAGUAUAUUUAUUUAUUUGUUUAUUCUUAGUUUGUAGUAUUAUUAUUGGUUGGUGUUGAUGUGAUUCAUCACAUCUUCAUAUUGCACAUAUCUCUCUCUCUCUUCUCUCUCAUGCAACAAAGAAAGAAGCAAAGCCAAAGCAUCUUCUUUCUGUUACUGCAUUGACACCACCAUCUUCUUAAUUUCACUUCUCAAAUGAUUCUCGAGCCACACUUGGCAUCUACCAUGACACCAGAUACUAAUACCUUGAGUUAUUGGUUGAAUUGGAGAUUUUUCGUAUGUGCACUAUUUAUUUUUUCCACUAUGGGUUUAGCAUCAUUUUUGAUAUGGAAGUAUGAAGAAUUCAAUAAAUCAAGAUAUGAGAGGGUAGAAGAAGGGCGGCGAGAAACGGUUGGGUUGCUAUACGAAGAUGAAGCAUGGAAUACAUGUCUUAAAGGAAUCCAUCCUAAUUGGCUUCUUGCUUACAGAAUAAUUUCUUUUCUUGUGCUUUUGACUUUGCUCAUUGCUAAUGUAGUUGUUAAUGGAGGUGGCAUAUUUUUCUACUACACUCUGUGGACAUUUGCUUUGGUCACUAUUUACUUUGCGCUUGCAUGUUGUUUUUCCUUCAAUGAAAUUUACUUCAACCACAAGAAAUUUGAGGGAAACACAUCAGAUGCAGAACGAGGCACUUCUGUGGCUCCAAGACUCGAUGGAAUUUCAGAUAUACCUUUCCUAUCUAAGAGUUCGUAUACCUAUCGGGAAUCUCUCGGUCAGAAUACUGCUGGUGUAAGGGGUUAUACUAUUCAAAUAUUAUUUCAGACUUGUGCAGGUGCUUCGAUGCUCACUGACAUUGUAUACUGGCUCAUUCUUUAUCCUCUUACGUCACCCAAAGGCUCCGGUCUCGAUAUUUUCACCGUUAGUAUGCACUCUGUUAACGCUGUGCUACUCCUUGGUGAAACAUCAUUGAAUUGCAUGAGUUUUCCGGUGUUUCGAUCCGCAUAUUUUAUCUUGUGGACGGCUACAUUUGUGAUUUUUCAGUGGAUCAUCCACGCCGUUGUUUCGAUUAGUUGGCCUUACCCUUUCCUUGAUUUGUCCUCCCCAUAUGCACCCUUAUGGUACUUGGCCGUAGGUAUAAUGCACAUUCCAUGCUAUAGCGUCUUUGCCUUAAUAGUGAAGUUGAAGCACUUGUGGUUGUCAAAAUUGUGUCCUGGUGCAUGUCAGUUUCUACGAUGAUGAUGAUGAUACAUUCCACAACAUUAAUCAUAGAUAUAGAUUCUCUUCUCCCCGAAAAGUGUUCAAAGGACUGUCAUUUUUAUGAGGCGGUAAUUUUGGGGAUGCAUAUUUGUAAUUACUGUAUUAUUUAAGAUUAAACUCAUACAAGUUCUCUCACCUGUGGUGUAAGUUGUUUGCCUAUGAUGUCUCCCAUCCAAGUUAAAUGUGCCAAAAUAUCAUACAUUGAUUGAUUCAUUCCAUGGAAAAUAAAAGAGCAAUUUACUAAUGAA